AUGGAAGAGGAGAACAUGCCGGGUCAGUGUAAAUCUGAUGCCGAGGCUGAGGGUAUAAGCAUGGAGCAUACCUCAAGGGAUGAAGGGCACGUGUCGGAGGUACGAUUCCUGGCAGGAAGGUUGCCAUCCCAACAUUAUGCAGUGAACCGCUAUCAGGGGACGUUACAGCCACCCGCCGAAUCUUCUAUUCAGGAAAGAAUGCCUUCAAAGCGGAAAGUAACCGGUCGCAAAAAUAAUUCUCUGGAUUUAAAGAAGCGUGAAAAGCAUCAGGCUUUUCUGAAAGAUUUUGACCUCGAAGUUGAUCGGCGGAGAAGAGAAAUGGAGAAAGCAUUGAACAGUCUACUCAUGCAAUUAGAUGCCAAUUACAGUCGUGCAAUUAUGAAACUCCCACUGGCUGUUAGACAAAUGAAUAACUUGCAUUACUUUGCUUUGGGUGGAAGUGCAGAUGCUGUGGCUGAAGUUGAACAAAAACGUAUUAAUGCUGACUGUUUGGGAGUGGAAGCUAUAGAGUCUGAGAUUUUGAAAGAUGCUACACAGCUGAAGACCACUAGAAAACGUAAACAGAAAACAAAGCGUGUCGAUGACGCAGUAAAUGAUGGUGAAAAUCUUCCUCCAUCAAGUAAAAUGUUCCGAAAGACCAAGCAAGGUGUUACCACCUCGGCUAAAAGUAGACCUCCCUCAUCAUCUACCACCAAUGGCCGGGCUAGAAGGACAAGUCGGAUCAAAGGGCAGAGCUCUGCAAAUACUUAUGAUAUUUGGGGACCCACACCACUGAUAACACCCAAGUUUGAUUCACGGUUGCCAGCGACGGCGGCUCGUGUGCGAAAGAUGGGGGAGCGUGUGUUUAGCUUCACGGGAAGCCCUCUCGUUGAUGCCACAGAAACGGAGAAUAGACAGGACAUCCAAAUUCUGGCCAGCAAGAUAAGCAGCACAGAUUUAACUGAACUGGAUGACCAGACAUUUAAAAGUAUUGAACAGCUAUCUCGUCAGCUGAAUGAAAUGUUGAAGACGACAAGAUGAAAGCAAAGAUGACAAUGUAAUUAAUUCAUGUGACUUGUUUAAAGUUUGAUAUUAUAUGGUUUCAAAGUGAAUAAACUUGUUAUUAAACAUUAUAGAUUUUGCUACUGGAGGGUAUAAAGCAUUGCUAGUUUUAGUUAACAACUACACACAGGCUAUUCCUGCCUUUUGAGUUUCACGUAAUUAUUAUUUUUGCACAGAAUUUUCCUUUCUUUAACAUCCUCUCUUAUCAGAUUAGAGCUGCAUUAUUAAUUUAGUGACUAUGCAAUAAAUAAAUGCCGAAAGGUGGCAGCUAUGGUGGAAAACAGACAAAUAACAUUUUGGGUUGGGACCUGACACAAUGUCACCCAUCCGUUUUCUUCAGAGAUGCUGCCUGACCUGUUGAGUUACUCCAACACUUUGUGUCUAUCUUCGGGACACUUCUUGAGACUGAAAAAGGUCCUGACUGCUUCCAUGGGAGAACCUCCAACGCCACUCUAUCCUGCUGCCCUUCUCUUAAUGCUAACAAUCCCACUUCACUUUGUCCUAAAGCAAACUACACUAUCCUUUUUCUUACGAGUCCAUUGCUGCUGCCCUAUGAUCUGAUGUCUGGCCCCCACCCCUGACCUCUUCUCCAAUGCUUGACUACCUAUCUCCAGCAGAUCACUCCCAUAGUACCUCUGCUAACUCCUUGAGUUCUAAGCCCACCUUCAUGUUGCACACUCUCUUAUUUCCUCUUAGUGACUAUCCUAGGUUGUUCUUUACAUGGAAGAGCAUCUUUUAAUCUCUGCAGUCCACAUAGUAAAGUAGGUUUUUAAGCUGUGCUUUGUGCAAUCUGAAAUGUGGGACUGGAAUCAAAGAAGGUGCACUGGGUAAUCUGAGCUGCUUUUCUGUCUUAUGAGCAACAUACAACCAUACCGCCACUAUCUCUAUUUUUCCCUUAUUUCCAGACUAUUUUUAACUGGACUCAAAUUUUCCAACUUCCCGUUAUGUGAUCUGAGUUCUGCAGAGAAUGAUGUUUAGUUUAGAGAUGCAGUGUGGACAUGGGCCCUUUGGCCUACUGAAUCCAGGCUGACCAUCAAUCGCCCAUUAGCAUAGAGCUAGUAUGAUCCAACUUUUUCAUCCACUCCCUACACACAAGGGGCAAUUUGCAGAGCUGGGGGGCAGUUAACCUACAAACCCGCACGUUUUUGGGAUGUGGGAGGGAAUUGGAGCAUCCAGAGGAAAUCCAAGUGGUCAGCAGGGAAACAGCACAUAAAGUCAAGAUCAACCCCAGGUGUCUGGCAUUGAGGCAGCAGCUCUACCAGCUGCCCUGAAUAAUUGUCCACUGGAUUCAUUUUACCUUGAUACCUCAAUUUCUUCAUUUAAAACAAAAAAUUGGAUACUGUAAACUAGUGGCUGGGAAUCUAACCUGGGCCAACUGCUCGGUGGGCAGAUAUGAAAGGAAUGUUUAUAAUAAUACCAAGAGAAAUUGCUGAAUAAUCAUUUUUCAAAACUCCAUGUCAAUUAAACAGAAAACUGCAUAAUUCAUCCUGCUUGAACUGAUGCUACAGGAUUCGCAGUGGGGUAGGGGGUAGUUUUAAAAAAUAAACCUUGCCUAAUUAUAAACUGUCUUUUAUCCUCCAAAAAAGGUGCCUCUGGUCCCAUGUCUGUUGUACUGCUUUAUGGAAAGGUGCAACUAUUUCAAUAAAUCUGCCUUGUAAUGAAUACAGCUGGAGUGGUUCAUGGAUAAAAUGAAUGCCCUUUUCACCACUGGAUGGCAAUAUAAGUCAACAAAUAGAGUGAAUGAAAGUAGGAAUGCACUGUCAAGAGUCUAACCAAAUUGCAGUAAAAAAUAAGUUGUUUCUACAAUAUUUGUAACAGAGGACUUUAGUUUUGGAUUCAUCUUGUUGAACCACUCAAUGCUAAGCCUGCAUGUGUUUAUUGAAGAACAACAACAAUCCAUAGCACAGAAAAUAUUUGUUGACUACUGUACUGUAACUCAGUAUUAGAAACCACCAGCAAUGGUUGCCUCGCCAACAGUCUGUCUGUCCUUUCCUUUGUGUUUUAAUUGUAUGUUAAAUGUAUGUUUUUAGUGUUCUUUGGUUUUUAUUUGGGGGGGGGGGGAUUGUGGGAGACUUCUGCUAACCUCUUACCUCGACUGAGAUGCAAUUUAUUUUCCCGCCGUAUGGUAUCUGCCUGCACUGCGGCCAAACAUCGAGGAGUUGGCAGCCUUUGCUGGAGACCGAUUUUGAGAGUGGGUGCCUGCGGGACUUUAACAUUGCGGAGCUCACGAUCCCUUUGCCAGGGGUCGACCUCUCAGCUCCAAACGUGGGUGCUUGCAGACUUAACAUCACGGAGACCGCGGUCUCUGGUCGGAGGCCGACUUUGGGAACUCCAAGCCGCAGGAGUUUCGAUCGCCCUGAUGCGGGGGCUUCAAUCGCCCUGCCGGAUGGUUCGACUGCCCCAACCACGGGAGAAUUAUAGAGGAAGAAGAUUGGUCUUUAUUGCCUUUCAUCACAGUGAGGAAUGUGGGGAAUCUGCUGUGGUGUAUGUUUAUGUUAACUUUUAUAUAGUUGUGUCUUGUUGCUUUUUUUGUAUGGUUGUAUGGUAAUUUGCAUAUCAUUGGUACAUGUGACAAUAAAAUACCUUUUAAAAGAA